AUGCAUGAAGGAAAAAACUGCGUAGGAUGCGAAGAGUGUGGGAGAAAAAAAGAAAGCAAAAAGAUAAGCAUAAGCGAUGCGUUCCUUUCAAAAGCAAGAUAUACUAAAAGUCCAACGUACUACACAAAUAUAGGAGUUGAUAGAGCGAGUGGCGUGGGUGCACCGCACAUUCCCCCAUCUUCUUUUUCUUCUCCAUCUCAUUUUGAAUCUGGUUCAUUGGGCGGGAGAGAGUCUGGCGAUGGGCGCGGAAGAGAUAUGUACUUUGUGUCCAAGGAGAAGGGAGUAUUUCCCUCUGAGGUAGAGUUUUCCAAGAAAAUUCAGAAAAUAGAAGGAAUUUCCCCAGGGGGAGUGGGCUCAGUGAUGAAAAAUACAGGAAGAGAGGCAAGCUCAUUAGGCGCGCCGCCUGUCUAUCAGAAGAAGGUUAUUGCUGUUCCCAUGACAAACUCAUUUUCUUUUAACAGUGUUCCCCCCGAGGACUCGUGGGAAAGAGGUAUUUCAAAGAAAACAAACAUACCAUAUGCACCCUCGAAUAGUGCAUUGGGAGGAAGCAGCGAGGGCGAGGUUUUGAGAGGAGCACACCUAGGGAUGGGUGGAUAUGGGGAGAGAGAACCUUCUUAUCAGAGCAUCCAUUAUUCUUCUGUGUUUGAUCAAGACAAUGGAGGCAUUUCUAUUAUGAAUUCGUCUAGCACCGGGGUGAUUGGAGGUGGAUACAAUAAUGACUCGCCUAUAUCAGACCAUCGCAUGCAUUCGUUAGAAAGCCAGGGAGGGAGCAUGGGGCUUCACAGAAGAAGUCCUUCUAUGCCCAGGCCGCAGGGUGUUUCUGGAUCUGCUGGGGGAACAUUUUCUUCUUUUUCAACACCAGAUGCCUUUAACUAUUUAUCUGCUAAUAGCUCUGCCACUAGCUGCAAUUUAAGUAUGGGAAGCGAAUGCUCGCCUAGGUUUCUUCAGGGUCGCUCUAGCUAUGCUGUGCGGGGUGAAGGCGCAGAGCCUAUUUACAAUACCCUGCGGCAGGAGCCAGGAGUACGGGCUGCAUAUAAUCCAUUAACGGACACAGCGUACCAAACAGCCCAAAUCUCUCAGCUAAAGCAUACAGUGAUUCUUUCCGACGCUAUUUUCCCGUUUAUUGAUUUCACGCAGGACUUCACAAAGCAGCAUUUGCUAGUAAAUGAGGCGCUGGGUCUUCCCAGGCUGCAGCCGCAUAACAUAGCACUAACAAAAAAUAUUAUGGACAUGGUUAUUUCUAAUGGCGGGCUGCAGGCAGUGGAUGAGAAUAGCAUGUGGGGAGUGAUUGUGAAGGAGCUAGGGCAGAAGACAGAAGACACGCACAAGCUUCGGAUGUACUAUAUUAUAGUGUGCUAUCCAUAUGAGCAGAUAAUUCGCAUUUACAAGUCUGCAUCUGAAGUCCCACAGCCCAUUAUUAUUGUGUACAUCGAGCCAAAGAAGGCGGACAUGCUACCUGAGAUUAUAAAUAUGCUUGGGCAGAAAAAGAAAAAGACAGAGGAGCGGCCUCAGAUAAGUGCUAAGAUUGUAGAGACAAGCGGUAUUUUAGAAAUAUCUGUGGUCAUGAACGAGAUGUAUGCAAGCGGUGUGCGAAACAGCCAGGAGCUAAUGGAAACACUUACACAUAUGAAGUCAUUUACGUGCACCUCUGACAUGGUGGAGAGCGUAUUUUCAUGCCUGGACGUGGCGCUCAUUGAGAAACAGCUCCGCGUGAUUAUGGUGGAGUGGAUUUCCAAAAAGGUAGAAGACAUUUCGUCAAAAGACAUAGCAGAUGUGGAAAAAAGAAUUAUACAGACCUAUGAAGAAAUUCUAGGGCAAUGUGCGGAUAGAUGUAUAGAGCAGCAGAAAGGAGGGGAUACAGAAGAAGCAGAUAAAGAUGGGCAGGACUCUGAUGAAAGCCAGCAGGAAAUAACUGCGCAGGACUUGAGCAGGCAGAAUGAUAGCCUGGCAAAAGAGAAAAGACUCUGCAUGAAAAAUUAUAGCGAGCAUGAUGGAGUAUAUGUGUAUCCAACGAUUGAUAUCUGCGAAGAACCCGCAGUGCCAAGCGGCGCGUGCACUGCGCAUGAGCACUGCGCAAUAUACCAGCACAGCAGGUGCCCGUGCGGGAAGUCUCUAGUCAAGUUUGAUACGCCUGCAGAUAUUUAUUAUAGCGUGCUUCUUUUUCUAGCCAAAUCUAGCUCAGUGUCUGUGUCUAUCAAUACUAUAUCCCUCCUUGCUCGGUUGUUAGAAGCCAUGCCAGCUGUGAUGUUUUCUUUUAAGUACAAAUACAUAUAUAAGGCAAUGAUAAUUCUAUGGAACAUUUUAAAAGACCAAAAAUCUCGGAGCUUUCUGGAAGCUGGCAGCAUGUGUGCACAGCUGGCUGAGGAUGGAUUUUCCAAGCUAUCAAGAGAGGUUUCCAAGCUCCUGAGCUCACCGAUUCUGUCAAAACAAGAUAUUUUGUCGAUAAUAUCAAAUGGACAGUUAGAGAUAAUUAUGAAAAUUGCAAAUUCGCCGAACGGCCAAAGCAUAUUAUCGUAUACCCGGGUGCAGAGGCUUGCUGAAAUAUGGAGAUAUCUGCUUUUUCUGGUCUGCAGUAAUUUCUUUUCCGAGAAAAAUGCAGAAUUUCUGGAAACUACUCUUACUUCGAUAGAUGGGCUUUCAGUAUACUUGCGAAGCCACCUUGAGAAGUCAAGCGAGCUUUCUCAAGUUCUUGGUAUUAUGGAGAUAGAAAGUGGCGGGUGGGUGCUAGAUGUGCUUUCUUCUGACGUUUUCACAGACUCCGUCUACUUACUGUGCGAUUUCAUAUUUUCAGCGAACUCCCUGGCCGCUGUACCGCACAUUGGGCAUGUACUAUUACAACAAUAA